GCCCUAACAAUAUUCGAACAAACAUUUCAUGUCUAUACCUUGUGUACUAGUUAUUCAACUGUUCCAUGGAUUAAUGACAAAGCUGAAGACAUGGAUCUCCAUUUUACACAAACAGGAGUACCACCAACAAGAUGAGUGGCGAGCUGCUUCACAGUGUUGUGGAGAUCCUAGACUCCGCACACCAGCACCGCUACCAGUUGUCAGAGCUGCUUGCCAGCCUUGGAGAGCUCAAACAUCAGGUUCAACAAAGUGCAGAUAAUUCCAGGAAUAAAUUAAAAGCUCAUUUUGAUGAGCUGAAGACAGUGUUGAAUGAAGCCUUGGAAGCCCGGCUGUCAACUCUGACACAGGAGAUAGACAGUAUUGAGGAGACUGCGAUGACUCCACUAGGACAGUGUGAGGAGAUGAUCCAGCAGGGUAUUGACAAUGCAGCAAGUGUCAUGGAGGAAGGUUCACUUCUCCUGAAAAAUGACCCUGAGAGUAACUUAGCGGGCAUUAUCAAGUUCAAGGACAACCCACACACAAAAGGACUUUCCAGCCUGCCGGAAAUUCCAUGUCGAUCAGCAGUCCCUGAUAUUACAGUAGAACUGAGGGGGCCUUUGAAGGAAAAGAUAUGUAAUAUGGUUCGGAGGGAGGGCAAAGUAGCAGCAUCAGCGCCAGUUCAGAUCACAGAUUUGAUAGAACGGCCAGGAGGACUGAUUGUACAUUGGAGUGAGGUUGAUGAUGAUGUUGAUAUUACUGAAUUCUGCCUCCAACAUGCGUAUGGCAAUAUAAAGUAUAACGAUGAUGCCAAUGCUCUCUGGCAUACAAGUUACACAGGCAGCGACACACAAACCAUCGUGAAGCAUCUCUCCACCAAUAAAAUCUAUUCAUUCCGAAUAUGUGGUCGAGGAGACCCCAAGUCUGCCUGGAGUGCCUGGAGCCUGCCCACCACGGGUGUCACCACAGUACCUCAUUACCAAUGGAACUGUGAAAGUAAGGCUUACAGCACUAGUAAUGAGGACAAGACAGCGACACGCAUCACCGGAUCCUUGACAUCUGUUCUCUACUCAGGCGUUCCAAGCAUAUCAUCCGGCGAACAGAUCUCUUUCCGGAUUUUGGAUUCAGGAGAAAAAUCAUUUGAUGAUGGAGUUGGAGUAUCAUGGAUGGAUGAUGACGCAGAUACACUUAGACGUUUGGGUGCUGUUUGUGUAGAUACAGGAGGUAAAGUGUAUGUUGAUGGUCAGGAGAUGAAGACGAAGUUGUCCCCAAUAGUCAAAGGAUCUGUGCUCACCAUUAAGACAGAGCCUCUACCCAACGGGAAAGUGCGAGUAAGUGUAGAGGCCAAUGACAAAGAGGUGACAUUUGAUUGGAAAGCUGAAGCGCCACAAGGGGGCGCUGCUGGUUUUUCAGCGACGCCUAUGCAGGGCAUGCCACUGAGUCGACAGUUCUCUGCACAUCAGCUGUAUUUUGCUAUGAGGUUUACACAUGAAGAUUGGAAGAUUGCUGUGGAAUGAACAGUGGUGUUCAUUGUUCAAGAUUGUUUUAAUUGUUCCCAUUGAAAUAUGGCCAAUGAAGUCAUUGAAACACUAAAACUCUGAAACUUGGUCAGAAUUGUUGUUUUUGUUGCUGAAACUGCUGCAUUUAGUAUAUGGGGUGCAUUUAUUGUGUGGGGUGCAUUUAGUGUAAGGGAUGCAUAUAUGGUGCUGUUAGAAAUGAUGCAGUGAGAAUGUGUGACAACACACAUAGGAAUGAGGCCAUGUCUAUCUCCUUAAAAUCCGAUCUCCUUCUCCGAUUUGAUACCUUUCUGCGUGAAGAUCAGACAACCCCUCCAUUGGAGUUUGCAUUAGGUGAACCCUGAGCGAUCUUUUGACUACCAAAUCUAAAUGAAGAAUGCAUGGGUUCUUGACCCAAGAAGAUGUCAGCUUUCAAUGACAAAUCUGCUUCUUUCUUACCAUCUCAUUUCGGAAGUCUAAAUUUGUAGGA